AUGACGAAGGGACAUUUCGCCAGAAACUGCCCAAGUAAGGCGAUUGGGACGGGAAGACAGCGUUCGCAACUGCGGGCACUCCAGGCUGAACAAGAGAAAGAGAGUGCAGCACUCCCUGCACCACACCCUCAGCGACAGCUACGCCCGAGACUUCCCCCACAGGCAAGAGUCUUUGCACUGCAGCAGAAGCAGGCCAAGGCCGAGAAGGGGAAACAGAAGCAAGGCAACCUAGCAGGUAUGGGAACUCUCCUCAACGUACCUAUUGCCAUUUUGUUGGACACUGGUGCAUCGCACUCGUUUAUAUCAGCAUCUUGUGUGGAUACUUUAAACUUGCCUACGGAUGUGAUGGAACAUAGGAUGAGGGUGUCCUCACUCGUAGGAGGCCUUAUACACAUCACACGAACAUGCUCGAACAUAAAAUUUUCUAUGGGAAACCUGAACCUAGUAGCUCAUAACUUGCAUGUGAUGUUGAUGUGGAGCGUCGACAUCAUACUAGGAAUGGACUGGUUAGCCGAGAACCACGCUACCAUCCGUUGUAAGGAGAGACAAAUAGCAUUGCAGUACCCCGGGACGGAACCCGUAAUUUUCCAUGGGAUCUCCAUGAGGAAACGAAAGUCGGUUAUUUCUGCCCUACAAGCAACAACCUUGAUGAGGAAGGGAUGCCCUGUAUACCUCGUCUACUUGAAUGAAGAAGAGAAAAAGGACAGGAAAAUCAAAGACGUAGCAAUAGUACGAGAAUAUCCAGACGUCUUUCCAGAAGAACUACCAGGCUUGCCGCCAGACAGGCAAUUGGAGUUCACCAUCGAUCUAGAACCAGGAUCAGGUCCAAUAUCAAAGGCCUUACAGGAUGGCCCCAAAGGAGUUAAAGGAACUCAAGAUGCAACUACAAGAACUACUAGACCUGGGUUUCAUCCGACCCAGUGUGUCGCCGUGGGGCGCACCAGUGCUAUUCGUUAA